UCCCCGCCUCUGCAGCGUGACUGAGCCGGCUGGCUGCUGCUUACCGCUAUCUCUCCGCCUCCCUUAUUUUAUUUAUUUAUUUUUUGGUUUUAAUGCUGCCGGGAUCUAUCGCCACCUUAAAGCUGCCUGCUGCUGAGUGCGCGCAAAAAGGUUGCACAAUGACGUCUCUGGAUGAAACAAUCAAUAGCUACCUGGACAUUUGGCUUGGACCCCGAGAUCCCAGAGUAAAAGGAUGGUUUCUCCUGACCAAUUACACACCUACCUUCAUCUUCACCGUCUUAUACUUAUUAAUCGUAUGGUUAGGACCAAAGUACAUGCGGAACAGGCAGCCAUUCACCUUCAGGGGUAUUCUAGUGGUCUAUAACCUCGGGCUUACGCUUCUGUCCCUCUAUAUGUUUUAUGAGCUGGUGACAGGAGUAUGGGAAGGCGGGUACAAUUUCUUCUGUCAGGAUACGCACAGUGGAGGUGAAGCUGAUAUGAAGAUCAUACGUGUCCUUUGGUGGUACUACUUCUCAAAGCUCAUCGAGUUCAUGGAUACUUUCUUCUUUGUAUUACGGAAAAAUAACCACCAGAUCACCGUUCUUCACGUCUAUCACCAUGCAACAAUGCUUAACAUCUGGUGGUUUGUUAUGAACUGGGUGCCUUGUGGCCACUCCUAUUUUGGUGCCACCCUUAACAGCUUUAUCCAUGUCCUCAUGUAUUCCUAUUAUGGGUUAUCGGCCGUUCCAUCCAUGCGUCCAUAUCUCUGGUGGAAGAAGUAUAUCACGCAGGGGCAGCUGACUCAAUUUGUCCUGACAAUCUUCCAGACAAGCUGUGGGGUGGUAUAUCCUUGUCCAUUUCCCCUGGGAUGGCUGUACUUCCAGAUAGGCUACAUGAUCUCCCUAAUCAUCCUUUUCACAAAUUUCUAUAUUCAGACUUACAACAAAAAGGCAGCGUCCAGAAGGAAAGAGUAUCAGAAUGGUUCCAUGGCUGCUGUGAACGGGUAUACAAAUAGCUUUUCUUCCCUUGAGAACAAUGUGAAGCAAAGAAAACAAAGGAAGGAUUGAAGACCAAACUGAGAAGCCAUUUUUGAUAUUCCGGGCAACAACAACAACAAAAAUCAUCUGAUUGUAAGCACAAUAUGUAUUGUGCACUGAUAUAAUUCUUGACAGCUACUGUAGCUAUUCCUGCCUAGAAUAGUGUUGAUUUAUGUAGGACUUAACAAGUGCAAAACAUCCUAGAAACUAUCCAUAGGCUCAAGUUGAUGGUGUUGAUCAUACUGGGUGGUCACAGACACGAGUGUAAACUGUGGAAGGGAGUAUUAUUGUAGUAUGUGUGCAUAUAUCUAUAUAUAAAAACAUAGAUAUAUUCGUCACUGCAGUUGCCUUACUAGUCAAUAUGAUAGGUGCUGAAUUAUGAUUCACAAUUUCAAGACUGUAAUCCAAACUCAUAUUUUUUAACUGUAGAUAAUGCAUGUGAUUGUGAUUUGUACAACAAAGGUUUUUUGUGUGUGUGUUAAGGUGUUUUUCCUCCCCCCAGUAGUUUAAAACACACAUGCCUUAAAUUUGAAGUAAAGCAGGGCCCAAAACUUAA